AUGCAAGAGAACUUGUCAAAUUUAUUCAUAUCUAUCUAUCUAUCUAUCUAUCUAUCUAUCUAUCUCAAUUUGUUCAUAUCAAUCUAUUUAUCUAUAUUUGUUCAUAUCUAUCUAUCUAUCUAUCUAUCUAUCUAUCUAUCUAUCUAUCUAUCUCGGUCUGCCAUCUAUCUGUCUAUCUAUCUCAAUUUUUUGAUAUCCUUCUAUCUAUCUAUCUAUCUAUCUCAAUUUGUUCAUAUUUAUCUCAUUUUUUUUUUCAUAUCUAUCUAUCUAUCUAUCUAUCUAUCUAUCUCUCUAUCUCAUCAAUUUCAUCUAUUUAUCUCAUUUUUUUUUAUCUAUCUAUCUAUCUAUCUAUCUAUCUAUCUAUCUAUCUAUUUCAGCCUGUCAUCUAUCUAUCUCAAUUUUUCAUAUCUAUCUAUCUAUCUAUCUAUCUAUCUAUCUAUCUAUCUAUCUAUCUCAGCCUGUCAUCUAUCUCAUUUUUCAAUUUUCCAUAUCUUUCUAUCUAUGUUCAUAUCUAUCUAUCUAUCUAUCUAUCUAUCUAUCUAUCUAUCUAUCUAUCUAUCUCAGCCUCUCUGUUCAUAUCUAUCUAUCUAUCCCCCACCCCGGUCUUUGUUUUCUUAUCGUCCAUUACAUAUCCUUCUUUACGCUUGUUUUUCUUCACUUACCUACAGUCUGUUCAUUUCCUUCCUUCCUGUUCGACCGACAAUAAUUAUCUCUCGUGCCCACUGGGACCAGUCCGUUUUCCCUCCAUUGUGCAUCUUACGCAUUUCCGUUCUAUCACCAGAGAGUACUCGUGACAACUGUCAUUCUAUUCUCUCAGCCGAACAAUCGCCGGCCAUCAUCAGUUUGCCUGCAUCUGCAACUAGACCAAUUCAUCCCCUCGCUGUUUCGUUCUCUCUAUUUUUCUUUCUUUUUCUUUCUCAAACCCUUCUUUUUUUUUUCUUCUCUCUUUCUCUCUCACUGUUUCGUUCUUUUUCUUUUUUCUUUUCUUUAUCUCUCUUCUCCUCUCUCUCUUACUUUUUCUUUCUGUUUUUUAUCUCUCUAUCUUUCUUUUCUUUCUAUCUUUCUUUCUUUUAUCCUCUUAUCUUUCUCUCUCCCUUUCUUUCUUUUCUCUUUCUUUCUCCUCCUCUCUUUCUCCCUUUCUUUCUUUUUUCUUUCUUUCUUUCUUUCUUUCUUUUCUUUCUUUCUUUCUUUCUUUCUUUCUUUCUUUCUUUUCACUCCUCUCUCUCGCUUUCACUCUUCCUCUCUCCCUCUCCCAAUCUCUCUCUCGCUUUCUCUCCCCCCCUCUUAGAUUUACAUUUUAUUUUUUCUCUUCUUUCUUUCUUUCUUUCUUUCUUUCUCUUUUCCUUCUUUUAUUCUUUCUUUCUCUCUUCAUUUUAUUUUUUUCUUUCUUUUCUUUUCUUUCUUUUUUUCUUUUUUUUCUUUUCUUUUUUAUUCUUCUCUUUUCUUCUUUUAUUCUUUCUUUCUUCUUCUUUCUUUCAUUCUUUCUUUCUUUUCUUUCUCUUUCCUUCUUUUAUUCUUUUUUUAUUCUUUCUUUCAUUCUUUUCUUUUCCUUCUUUUAUUCUUUCUUUCUUUUUCAUUCUUUCUUUCUUUCUCUUUCUUUUCUUUCUUUCUUUUCUUUUCCUUCUUUUUUAUUCUUUCUUUCUCUUCUUUCUUUCAUUCUUUUCUUUCUUUCUUUUCUUUUCCUUCUUUUUAUUCUUUCUUUCUUUCUCUCUUCUUUCUUUCUUUCUUUCAUUCUUUUUUCUUUCUUUUCUCUUCUUUCUUUCUUUUCUUUCUUUUUUUCUUUUUUCUUUUAUUCUUUCUUUCUCUCUUCUUUCUUUUCUUUCUUUUCUCUUUUUUCCUUCUUUUUUUAUUCUUUUCUUUCUCUCUUUUCUUCUUUUCUUUCUUUCUUUUCUUUCUUUUUCUUUCUUUCUCUUUUCCUUCUUUUAUUCUUUCUUUCUCUCUUCUUUCUUUCAUUCUUUCUUUCUUUCUCUUUUCCUUCUUUUAUUCUUUCUUUCUCUCUUCUUUCUUUCUUUCUCUUUUCCUUCUUUUAUUCUUUCUUUCUCUCUUCUUUCUUUCAUUCUUUCUUUUCCUUCUUUUAUUCUUUUUCUUUUCUUUUCUUUCAUUCUUUCUUUCUUUCUUUUUUUUUCUUUUUUUUCUUUCUUUCUUUCUUUCUUUCUUUUCCUUCUUUUUUAUUUCUUUCUCUUUCUUUCUUUUCAUUCUUCUUUUCUUUUUCUUUCCUUCUUUUAUUCUUUCUUUCUCUCUUCUUUCUUUCAUUCUUUCUUUCUUUCUCUUUUCCUUCUUUUAUUCUUUCUUUCUCUCUUCUUUCUUUCAUUCUUUCUUUCUUUCUUUCUCUUUUCCUUCUUUUAUUCUUUCUUUCUCUCUUCUUUCUUUCAUUCUUUCUUUUUUCUUUCAUUCUUUUAUUUUCUUUCUAUUUUCUUUCUUUUAUUUCUUUUUUUUUUCCUUAUUAAAUUCUUUCUUUCUUCUUCUUUUUUUCUCUUAUUUAUUUUUUUUUUUUUAAUUUUCUUCCGUCUCUCUUUCUUUUCUUUUCUUUCCAUUUUUCUUUCUUUUUUCUUUCUUUUUUUUCUUUUUUCUUUCUUUUUUUUUUCAACAUAUUUUUCCUUAAAUUCCUCUUCCUCCGAAUUGUAUAUCUUUCUUUUCUUUCUUUCUUUCUUUCUUUCUUUCUUUUUUCUUUCUUUCUUUCUUUCUUUGUCUCUCUCUCUCUCUCUCUCUCACUCUUACUUUUUCUUUCUGUUUCUUUAUCUCUCUUCCCGCUCUCUCUCUCUUUCUUUCUCUAUCUUUCUUUCUUUCUCCCUCUCUCUUAUCCUCUCUUUCUCUCUCCCUUUCUUUCUUUUUCUCUUUCUUUCUCUCUCUCCUCCUCUCUCUCCCUUUCUUUCUUUCUUUCACAACAUAUUUUUCUUUAAUUUCUUCUUCCUCCGAAUUGUAUAUCUUUCUUUCUCUUUUUUUUCCUUUCUUAAUGUUUUCCCUUCUUUCUUUCUCGUUUUCUUUCUUCAUUUUUAUCGUUCGGUUUUCGUUUCUUCUUUUUCUUUUUUUUUCUUUCUACAUUUCUUUCUCUUUUCGUUUCUUUCUUUGUGUUUUGUUUCUUUUCUCAUUUUUCUCGUUCGUCUCUGUCUUUCUCCAUUUCUUUUUUUUCCCUGUUUUCUUUCUUUCUUUCUUUCUUUCUUUUACAUCUGA